AUGGCUUCCAUUGGGAUGCAGAUGGCCGGCUGCGCCCUGGCCCUCUUUGGCUGGAUCGGGGUGCUCAUCGUCUGCGCCACUCCCAUGUGGCGAGUCACUGCCUUCAUCGGGAGCAACAUAGUGACAUCGCAGGUGAUCUGGGAGGGCAUCUGGAUGAGCUGCGUGGUCCAGAGUACUGGCCAGAUGCAGUGUAAGGUGUACGACUCCAUGCUGGCUCUGAGCAUCGACCUGCAGGGGGCCCGGGCUCUGGUGGUGGUGUCUAUCGUCGUAGGCCUCGUCGGGAUCCUCGUCGCCUUCGUUGGAGGGAAGUGCACAAACUUCAUUCCAGAGGAGAGGGCCAAGGCCAAGGCUUCAGUAGCAGCAGGUGUCUUACUGAUCAUCAGUGGACUCCUCUGCCUCAUCCCUGUCUCCUGGACCGCAAGCAUCAUCAUAAGAAACUUCUACAACCCUGUGCUAGUGGACGCCCAGAAAAGGGAAUUGGGGGCCACUCUUUACAUCGGCUGGGGGGCCGGGGCGCUGCUGCUUGUGGGAGGAGCACUUCUGUGUGCCAACUGCCCCCGCAAAGAGGACGAGAGCCCCUCUGAGAAGUACUUCCUGAACGACGCAGGAGGAAGUAGUAGACAGGACUCAGCCCGAUCUUUUACAAAGACAUACAUUUGACACGUCUGAUGUUGACAAGGAGAAGACGGGUUGAUGAUGACUGUCGUUUCUUUUUUUUUUGGCCACAAGACGUAAAAAUCAAAUUGAACCAGUUGCUGUGAAACAUCAAGAAAAAGGACAUACACACAGACAACAAACCAUGAAGGAAACAUGCACUUUGUCUUUAAGAGGAUCGCACUGUACCAGAUGUAUGAAGAUUUCUGUGUCUGAGUUCUCUUGUUUUUAUCUGUUGUUGUUUUCUG